UGUCGGCAGGUGGAUGAGUGAUUCUGCUUGCGCUCUCACUGGAUCUCAUCACGUUCUCCUCAACCAAACAAGUAGAUAAAGGAAAUUAGUAUCAGGUAGCCUACUGCUUACAUUUUAAAUGUGAGCUUGUAGUUGGGUCUGUAACUAACGCAUUCCAUGAAUCGUUAGUGGUUGCCGCGGCCUGGCUUUGUUGUUAUCCAAGCUAGCUAGGAUAACACUCAAAUCCAACCCGUUUGUGUAGCUAACAAAAUUCAGGGAAAGUUGAAGUGUGUCUUUUUAUACUUAGCCAGCUAUCGUUGCAUUGUGAGUAAAAUGUCUAGCGAGGAAUAAGCUAGCUGAGCUAGGUAACUAACUAGCUAAAUUAGCUUGACCAACCGUUGCUAAACUACCUGGCUACCGGUUUGUGCUAAUCCCUGUUGGACGAGAUGUGGUAGCUAUUUUAGCUACAUAUAUUUUAUAUUUUUGGAAAUAUCCCACGAUCUAGGUUUGUGAAACCCGGUUCAGACAUGGUAGGCUAGAGAAUACACAGUGGAGAAAAUCCUUACCCCUGCUCCCAGUGUGAGAAGAGCUUCAAUCAUUCAGGAAGACUUAAGGACCAUCAGAGAGUACACCCUGAACUCUUUGGGUCUCCUCUUUUAGAUCCACUUCUAGCCUACCAUGUCUGAACCGGGUUCUGGCUGUGGUGUUCCAGCCCAGAGGAGCUCACAGCAGGGUCCAGAGAUGGUCUCAGUGAAGCUGGGGGACUGCAGUCAAACACUGGAACUCAAUGUGAUUGUCAAAGAGGAGGAGAGAGAAAUCAAGGAGGAGGAGGGAGAGAGCGAGGACGGAUACAGUGACUCCGUUGACUCAGGAGAGAGCUCGAACCCAGGCUCAGACAGCAAGCCCUGUUCCACAGCAUCAGGAAAACGCAGACAGAAGCCCCACCCCUGCUGUAGUGACAGUUGUAUUUAUCCAUCUCGGCACAAAUCACACAAACAAACUCCGAAAAGAAAGAAGACUUACCUUUGCCCUCAAUGUGGGAAGAGUUUUCAGACACCAAGCAAACUAAAGGCUCACCAGAGAAUACACAGUGGAGAGAAUCCUUACCCCUGCUCCCAGUGUGAGAAGAGCUUCAAUCAUUCAGGAAGACUUAAGGACCAUCAGAGAGUACAUACGGGGGAGAAGCCUUACCACUGCUCUCUUUGCGGGAAGAGUUUCAGUCAGCUAGGAAACCUAAAGACUCAUCAGAAAAAUCACAAGCCUUACCACUGCUCCCAAUGUGGGAAGAGUUUCAGUGAGAAAGUAAAACUUACGGACAUGAGAGAGUACAUAGUGGAGAGAAACCUUACCACUGCACCCAAUGUGGGAAAAGCUUCGAUUAUUAUUCGGUUCUUAAGGAACAUCAAAGAGUACAUACAGGGGAGAAGCCUUACCGCUGCACACUUUGUGGAAAGAGUUUCAGUUGGGCAACAAACAUAAGGAAUCAUCAGUUAAGACACAUUGGAGAGAAACCUACAUGUACUCUCAAUGUGAUUGUCAAAGAGGAGGAGGGAGAACAGAUACACAUUAAGGAA